UUGCGUGUUUAUUAGUAUUUUGAUUUAUUUAUUUAUUUUUACUGUACUUACUGUGUAUUCCGAAUGGCAAACAGUUAAUGCAAAUAGUACAAUCCAGUGAAAGGAGUUAUCAUCUGGGUGGAUGCGUCUCUAUGGGAAAAAAAAACAUGUUAUCUUGUGUUGGUUGUCCUGUCCUGAGCCGGGUGCUCAGCACCGGGGCAUUUCGUUUCCCCGCUGUUGCUUCUGGAACUGCUCGUGCUGCCGCCGCCGCCUCUACCUCAAUCACUACAAGUAGCUGCAUGGCCUUGGUGCGCCACAACAGCACUGCUCAGCAGGAUCAACCCAAGAAGACAAAGUUUGGACCUCUUUCUGACCAGGACAGAAUUUUUACUAAUUUGUAUGGACGACAUGACUGGAGGCUGAAAGGUGCGCUGAGUCGUGGCGACUGGUAUAAGACCAAGGAGAUCCUGGACAAGGGAGUAGACUGGAUCCUGAAUGAGAUUAAAGUGUCAGGCCUGCGUGGUAGAGGAGGAGCUGGCUUCCCCACAGGGAUGAAGUGGGGCUUCAUGAACAAGCCCAGUGAUGGCAGGCCUAAGUAUCUUGUGGUGAAUGCUGAUGAGGGAGAGCCUGGCACCUGUAAAGAUAGGGAGAUCAUGCGUCAUGACCCUCACAAGCUGGUGGAGGGGUGCCUGGUUGCUGGCAGGGCCAUGGGAGCGCGUGCUGCCUAUAUUUACAUCCGAGGAGAGUUCUACAAUGAAUCUUCCAACCUUCAGGUGGCCAUUAAUGAAGCGUAUGGGGCAGGACUAAUUGGCAAGAAUGCCUGUGGCUCAGGCUAUGACUUUGAUGUGUUUGUGGUACGUGGAGCUGGGGCUUAUAUCUGUGGGGAGGAGACUGCUCUGAUUGAGUCCAUUGAGGGCAAACAGGGAAAGCCACGUCUAAAGCCCCCAUUCCCUGCUGACGUGGGUGUGUUCGGUUGCCCAACAACAGUCGCCAAUGUAGAGACAGUAUCUGUGGCGCCAACCAUCUGCCGUCGAGGUGGCACGUGGUUUGCCAGUUUUGGUAGGGAGAGGAACUCUGGUACAAAGCUCUUCAACAUCUCGGGCCACGUGAAUCACCCCUGCACCGUGGAGGAGGAGAUGUCUAUUCCCAUGAAAGAGCUAAUCGAGAGGCAUGCAGGUGGUGUUCGUGGGGGUUGGGAGAACCUCUUGUGUGUGAUUCCUGGAGGGUCUUCCACACCUCUCAUCCCUCGUCAUGUGUGUGAAGACGUCAUGAUGGACUUUGAUGCCCUCAUUCAGGCUCAGUCUGGCCUGGGCACUGCAGCCCUCAUAGUAAUGGACAAAUCAACAGACGUAAUUAGAGCCAUUGCACGCUUGAUUGAAUUCUAUAAACAUGAGAGUUGUGGCCAGUGCACCCCCUGCAGGGAAGGCGUGGACUGGAUGAAUAAUAUGAUGUGGCGCUUUGUUAAGGGAGAUGCACGGGAAGCAGAGAUUGACAUGAUCUGGGAACUCAGUAAACAGAUCGAGGGCCACACCAUCUGUGCUCUGGGUGAUGGAGCUGCAUGGCCAGUACAGGGCUUGAUCCGUCACUUCCGUCCCAUUAUGGAGAGCAGGAUUGCACAGUUCCAGCAGAAACAGCAAGCCCGGGUGUAAACUUCUUUUCCUUCUUUCUCUGCAGUGUCUUCUUAAAACACUGCUCCCCUUUACCUUACCUUACAUUAUUAUUUAAGAGAAAUGAGUGUUUCGCACAAAUACCUGAACUGUUAUCAACAUCCAACUUGCUGUAUCAUCUUGUGUGAACAUUGUUAAUAAAGUUCCAUGAACCAUA